UGCUGUUGUUUUUGCUGUUGCCACUGGUGUUCCUUUCUUUCGCCUCUGUUCUCCACGCACCCGAGAACCCUUGCAGGCUUCAAGCCGUCUGUCUGAAUCGCAGGCAAAGCAGGCGCCCAGCACGAGUGGAGACCGAGUAUAGCAGAUGUCGCUCAAGACUUUGUUUCCGCAGAAAGACUGCACUACCACAGCGAAGUAUACGCCAAUUGAAAUGGCUAUAGAGUUUCUGUUGGCCACUCGCCAAAAAAAGACGGGGCGUGCCUGUCUGGCUAGCGACAGCCGCGCCCUGACCGACCGAUGCCGUUAGUCGCUUUCCGCCUUGGGUUAGCCCUGUCGUCCUCAGCUUCCUAGCACUGGGAGUGGUCCAGUCCUAUUUCCCGUCUCUCCAUCUCCAUCUCUCUUUCCCUCUCUGCCAAACUUAUCCUCCAUCCAACCUUUUCUCUCUCACUUUCUCUAACACUCCUACAACACUUUGUCUUUGCACAUACCGCUCCUUGCAUUUGUUCCUCUUUCUGCGCCUGCAUCUGAUCCUCGACACUCUCGCAGUCUUGUUGAUCCCGUCUGAUCCUUCGCUCGCUUUCACCCAUCACACCACAACACCAACGGCACUCAUCCUCGCAACUUCCACCCAAGUCACCUAAUCCCAUCUACCUUCACAAUGGACGCCCCAUCAUCCACGCCCGCCCCAACCACCCUUACCACCAAGAACCAGCCUUUCCCCGCCUCUAGCAGCUCUCCAUCUUCUGCCUCUAGCUCGGGCGCCGGCUCCAUCACCAGCUCCACCCCUGCCGUGACCUCUUUCCCAACACUUUCUCCUUCUGGCAACGGCACAACAAACACCACAACCGCCACUUUCGCCUGGGACUGCUCGCAGACCACAAACUCAAAGCAGAGCGUCUUCAUAAACUUCUCAGGCUGCACAUACGCGAGCGCGACCGCCACCGCACAGCCAAGCAACGGCACCUCCAACGGAACACUGCCAGGUUCACCACCACCUACCACCGGCGCCGGAAUGAGGUCAGCCAGCGGCGUGGAGAUGGGAAGCUUUGCCGCGUUAGGUCUUGUGUUGGUGGCAAUGAUGGGCUGGUUGUAAGCGCUGCCUGAUAUGGGAUUGCGCCUCAGAACGCGGGUCCUCUUCUUGAUUUAAUCCUUUGUAUUUUCGUUCGCAAGAACAACGGGUCGCACACAUGGGAAUGCAUGGUUCUUCAUUGGAAGCGCACACGGAUGCGUGAUUUUGUUUGCGCACGCGUGGAAGCGAAUUCUGGCUGUCGGUUCCAAAGGAAGCCGCAAAAAUAUCCUUCUUCUUUCAUUCUUGUUCGGUCAUAGACGGUUAGGGUCUUAUAAUCUUGUUAAUAUACCACUUGACGUUUCUAGCUCACCAUGAGUCCAUGUACAUAACGCAUCUUGUGCCGUAGGUCGACGUAAUACACACAUACACAUAUACUCGUAUCGCUUCGUUUAUUAUUCUUGUCAUUCAGUCAUCGUUGUUCUUGAUGGUUUGGGAUGUCGUGAUGGUGUUUUCAAGGAGGCGGGGACUGCAUUUGGCCGACUCCCAUUGGAAAAGGUAUACCCAUAGGAUGUUGGGAUGUGAGGCUACAUAUAUACAGUGAAUGGUAAAAUGAAGGAGCAGUCACGCGUGACUAGUAGUUGGACGUCCACGGGCAGACAUGUACAAGUCCACAUAUAUCACAUACAUCACGUUCUCAAGUACCCGCUCGUCGCUAGCUUGCCUCGUUGGUUUGAUUAGUUGGUCAUAUCAUGAACGCAUCAUUACCGUAUCCAGAUAUCCUCCCGUCAGCUAUUGGCGCUGAGAGCGUGAAAGUACAAAAGAUGAACAAUUUUGUCAUUCGCCGUCUAUGCAGAAAUCCCAAUGGGAGUGAAGACCGACGAUCAUCCUUUUGGUGAAUCCUUUUCCGAGGAUUACAACAGACUAAUCUCGUUUCCGACCUUCCCUUGUCGGCAUAGUAUCGCGUCUAUCCGAGUGUCUUGUCGUUGCUCUAUGCUAUUCCCCACGUGCUGUUGCGACUGCCCUGUCGUUUUCUUCCCUUUUUUUUUCUCUUCGGCAUGACUACUUGUCUUUGCUAUCCAAGGCCCGCC